AGACGGUGUCGCUCUCGCCACGGGCCAGUUCGAACCGCUUGCCAUUUGCACGAGGCGGAGGAGGCGUCAAGCGCAAGGCUGCGCGCAUAAAGCCCCGGCCUGCCGCUGCGCUGCCGAGCGCAGGGGUAGAUCGGGAGGCGGGGGCGGCGAUGCGGGCGAGGGAUAUGCACCCGCUCUGCUGCCUCGCCGGGGAGUGGCCGGGCGGGGAGCUCGCGGCCGGCGACCGCUCCCCGCCGCCGCAGCCCGUGGACGGGGCCGGGGCGGAGGGGGAGGCGGCGGUGGCAGUGGCGGGGGUGCUGUACAAGUGGACCAACAUCGGCAGGGGCUGGCGCCCGCGGUGGUUCGCGAUCCGCGGCGGCGUGCUCGCGUACUCGAAGAUCCGGCGGCGCGUCGCGGCGGAGCCGCCGCCCGCCGAGGCCGCGGCGGCGGGCGGCGCCAGGCUGAUCGGGGUGGCGCGCGGCAGCGGCGGUGCCGGCGCCGGGGAGCGGCCCAUCGGAUUCGUGCAUCUCAAGAUAUCGUCAUUUGGUGAAAGUAAAUCAGAUGAUAAACGGUUCUAUAUUAUUACUCCGACCAAAACACUUCAGUUGAGGACUGGUUGUGCUAAGGAUCGGGCGGCUUGGAUUGAAGCACUUGUCUCUGCAAGAAGUGAAUAUUCUUUUGAUGUGGAUUUAUUGGGUGACCAGAAUGAGGUAUCAUUUUCCACAGAAAAGCUCAGAGAUCGCUUGCAUGCUGAAGGGGUCGGCGAGGCAAUUAUUAAAGACUGUGAGCAGAUUGUUCAUUCAGAAUUUUCGCAGUACCAUACACAGGUGAAGCAACGCUGUGAAGAGUAUUUGAGCUUUAUUGGCAGUCUUCCACGGGAAAUUGAGGUAGUUAAUUCAGUAGAUACAACUGUCAGUGAGAAGCCACAGUUGGAGUUGUUCAAGCAUGACUGCUCCAGCUCUGGAAAAUGUAGUGAAUACAGCAAUACAGAAUCUUCUGAUGAUGUUGGCAAACAAGAGAUUAGCGAACUAUUAGAUGGAGAUGAAUUUCGUUUCUAUGACACAAGGCAAAGUUUCAGUGACUGUGCUUCUAGUCCUGACCUGAGAAUGGGAUGCUUAAACAAUGGAAAUGAAGAUCAUAAAUAUGUUGAAUCACUAGCUGUUGAGAAGACCAACAGAUAUCUGUUGUCAUCUUCAAAAAGGCGCUCAAAGUUGCCUGAACCAGUAGAAAAGGAGAAAGGUGUUAGCCUUUGGUCAAUGAUCAAAGACAAUGUUGGAAAGGAUCUUACAAGAGUCUGCCUUCCUGUUUACUUUAAUGAGCCUUUGUCUUCUCUCCAGAAGUGCUUUGAAGAAUUGGAGUACUCCCAUUUAUUGGAUCAUGCAUAUGAAUGCGGUUUGAGGGGGAAUGGUGUCAUGAGAAUUCUUUACGUUGCUGCUUUUGCAGUAUCUGGAUAUGCUUCCACAGAUUCUCGACCGUGCAAACCUUUCAACCCAUUAUUAGGGGAAACCUAUGAAGCUGAUUACCCUGAAAAGGGUAUCCGUUUCUUUUCGGAGAAGGUCAGUCAUCAUCCUAUGGUCAUGGCAUGCCAUUGUGAGGGUAAAGGAUGGAGAUUUUGGGGAGACAGCAAUCUGAAGAGCAAAUUCUGGGGUCAAUCAAUUCAGCUGGAUCCUAGUGGCGUGUUAACUCUACAAUUUGAUGAUGGAGAAACUUUCCAAUGGAGCAAGGUUACGACAACAAUUAAUAACCUUAUCAUUGGUCGAGUCUACUGCCAUCACCAUGGCACAAUGAACAUAAUUGGAAAUAAACGUUAUUCAUGCAAGCUGACGUUUAAAGAGCAGUCUUUCCUUGAUAGAAAUCCUCGGCAGGUUCAAGGAGUUGUUAAGGAUGCUGAUGGGACCAAGGUUGCAACCUUGAUGGGGAAGUGGGAUGAAAGCAUGCAUUGCAUUAUCAGCGAUGAUGCCUCUAAGGUGAACUCCUAUGGUCCACAUCAGGGUGCUGGUGCCACUUUGCUGUGGGAGAAGAAUGGGCCUCCAGUCAGUCCUACUCGAUAUAACUUGUCCUCAUUCGCAAUAACAUUAAAUGAGCUGACGCCAGAGCUCAAGGAGAAGCUUCCACCAACAGAUUCAAGGCUCAGACCAGAUCAGCGACACCUGGAGAAUGGGGAGUACGAGAAGGCCAAUGCUGAAAAACUGCGUCUCGAGACAAGGCAACGGAUGGCAAGGAAGAUGCAGGAGAGUGGUUGGAAACCAAGAUGGUUCCAAAGGGACAGGGAGGAUGGAACGUUCCGUUAUGUCGGAGGUUACUGGGAGGCAAGGGAGCAGAGGAAAUGGGUUGGCUGUAACGACAUAUUUGGCAACUUGUCUAUUAACAGCCCAAAGCUGCAAUCAUCUACGCUAGCUCAAGUAUAUAGGGAUUAGUGAAUGCUACUAUCCAGUAGGUGUUGACAUCAAUCGGGUUAAUCACUUAAAGUACAUAAGUGAUCGGCUUCUCUGGUUUCUGUUGUGCAACUGUGAGCUAACAUGCUCUCCUUGACUCCUUGUCAUAUUCAACCCAAGGACAUUCAAGUAUACUCCAAACUUAUGUGGAUACUGGGAUACUUAUGAGAAAACUUGCUAACAUUACUGUUAAUAAAUUGUCAAUGAUGCUCUUUU